AUGUAUACCUCGUUUGCCGUUCACCCCACCAAGUUCGUUCUGCCCAUCCGCGACACUGCAAUUUGGCAUCUGGCUAGCAAAGAACCGGCUCAUCGCAACGGAACUCCAAAACAAAACCGUAAAUACACAGACGCUGAAGUAGAAGGGUUAUUUGCCACAGUUCUUGCCUCUAUUCUUGGAGCAACCAAGAGCAAACUUCAUCUUGAUGCCGAGAUAUUGGGAAUGACCUAUCCAGGGUACCUUAGAGAUAGCGAAUAUCUCUCUCAUUUUGUGAACGCCGCUAUACAAACUCUACCUGGUAUCGAAGAUGGGACCUUCAUGUGGCCACAUAUCCACAGCGCCCGGAAAGCGUCCCAGCUGGACAACGCGAAGUCGCUUGGGUAUCCUAUUGGAACGAACGUUGACCGGAAGGGUAGUCUACUCUUACAUUUUGACUAUCAAAGUAGCCAGCUUGAAGUGUCGAUUGCUUCCGUAGGUGUCAUGAUCACGAUUGUGGAGGGAAGUUUCCGAAUUCGCGACUUUGGAGGCAUGGAACAAGAUGCUUCUCAAGAGAAGCUCGGUGAUCUAGCAACAGGUAUCAGAGGACUAAUCAAAGACGAACUCUCAAACACGCUCGGUCUACCAUCUCAGAUGUCAGAUUUCCGAGGAACAGUCUUUAGCGGAGAUGCACCUGCUUCGGAAUAUGAUAAAAUACGUGACUUGAUCAUCAAGGCGGUGCCGGAAUUCUCUGAUCGAUUCGUCAGCAUAGACGAGCCCAUGUGGGCAGGUGCCGUUGGGGCUGCAAGAUUGGCGCGGCUGCGUAAGCUGUACCCAGAUGACUUCCAAAUUGAGGAUAGAUGCUAUGGGGAUUUUGAUCAAUUUCCACACGACGAGUUGUAG